AUUACUCACCUCUCUUCCUUGCUCUCACUUGUACCCUACACCCAUCUGCACGAUCACUUUAACGACUACUACACGACAACAUGUUGAAGAUAUGGAGCAUGAAGAAGAAUGAGGACGCGAUGGCAAAGAAGAAGCCGAAGACGAGCGCUGCUCAAAUACGAGUGCAGAAAGAUCUCACAGAGCUUGACCUGCCGGAGACGAUGCGGACCGAGUUUCCUGACCCCAAUGAUAUCCUAAACUUCACUCUUAUCAUCACUCCGGACGAGGGCAUGUACAAGAGCGGCGCGUUCCAGUUCUCCUUCAACAUCAACACCAACUACCCUCAUGAGCCACCAAAGGUCAAGUGCACACAAAAGAUCUAUCAUCCAAAUGUUGAUCUUGAGGGAAACGUCUGUCUCAACAUUCUUCGAGAAGACUGGAAGCCCGUCCUUAACCUGAACUCUGUCAUGGUUGGCCUCCAAUAUCUGUUCCUGGAACCUAAUGCAGAUGACCCGCUAAACAAAGAGGCGGCUGAAGAGCUGAAGAAGAAUCGGGAGCAGUUCAUGUAUAACGUGAAGGCCUCGAUGAAGGGAGGCAACGUUAAGGGAGUGCAGUAUGCCAAGGUGAUCGUGCAGUAAUACGCUUUGUCUAGACAUGCAUAGAGCAGUGACUCAUAUCUUCUUGUCAUCUACACAUGAUGGAACGUUUCGGUAUUAAUUUCAUUCAUAUAAAUC